AGAAGAUUAAUAUACUUCGUAAAAUUCUGUGAGGUUGUAACAAAUCGAGAACGUGUUAUUUUACAACAAUAUGUACUUUUACGGGCUUCUUAUAUCGCUUGUGGUAGCGGUUUGUACCUUUGGCACAACACUCGUCCAUUGUUGGCCAGUGACCAACCCUGAAAUAGUAGACAGCCUGAUUUUUGCCGAUCCUGAAGAGGCAGCUCAGUCGAUGCGAGAUAUACCUCAGUGGCAUUGCCUGCGGUAUUUCAAGCAUGACAUUCAUCUGAUGCGACGCUGUCGUAACUAUCGACUUCACAUGCUGCGACGGCCAAAUGAUAUGAUAUAAAUAUCGAACAAAUUGUUUGAAAACAAAUUAAUAUAUAGUUCUCCCUUUGCUUCCUAUGCGUUAUUCUAUUUUUUUUGCUCAAUAUUCAACAAGAUGAAAAUAUAUAAUACCAUUAUGGUUUAUGGAAAACCCCUUUCCGUAACGUAUCCGUAGGGAAUAAUUUAAGCCAAAUGAUAGAUAGACAAUACCUAUAUAACAAGCAUAUUCGAACAGUAGAAUAUUAAGAGAAUCAAUAUAUCCAGAAAAUAAUUAUGGAACCCUAUCCUUAAUGCACUUUAUAUUGCUGUUUCUAUUCUCUAUAGCGUUUACGUAACCCGUAAUUUUAGCACGAAGUGAAAAUGAUUUGAUGAAUAAUUUAUAAAAUAUAAAAUUUUAACCACUUUAGCCAGCGCAUGAUGAUGUAUAUUUAGGAAUGCAAUGUAACACACAAUCUCACUAUCAUUAACAAUAAAUAGUAUGACCGAAAUGAAAUAAAAAAAAUAAGCCAAACACGGUUCUAUACAUAUUACCACCAGAAUUAUUGUAAUAAUUUUAAAAAAACUCAGAAAAAAAACAAUAA